AAAGACUGUAGAGUGUUGUUGGUACUGCUGUGAGAGGCAUGCUUCCUUAGUCCAGGUAACAUUUCAGUAAUUGCAUUACCAGUUUCCAGCACCAAUUCCCCAGCUAAGAUUUUGCCAAAAACCUUAGGACCAGUAAACGUGAAUGUUGGACCCCAAAUGAUCAUAAGCACACCACAAAGACUGACCAAUUCAGGGAGUGUUCUGAUUGGGAGUCCAUACACCCCAGCUCCAGCAAUGGUCACUCAGACGCACAUAACAGAAGCCACUGGCUGGAUUCCAGGGGACAGAAAACGGGCUCGGGAAUUUAUAGAAUCUGAUUUUUCAGAAAGUAAAAGAAGCAAAAAAGGAGAUAAAAAUGGAAAGGGUCUGAGGCAUUUUUCAAUGAAAGUAUGUGAAAAAGUCCAGCGUAAAGGAACAACGUCCUACAAUGAAGUAGCUGAUGAACUGGUAUCAGAAUUCACAAAUUCUAAUAGCCACUUGGCUACAGAUUCGCAGGCUUAUGAUCAGAAGAAUAUUAGGCGGAGAGUUUAUGAUGCCCUCAAUGUGCUGAUGGCAAUGAACAUCAUUUCAAAAGAGAAAAAGGAAAUCAAAUGGAUUGGCCUUCCUACAAACUCAGCUCAAGAAUGUCAAAACCUAGAGAUAGAGAAACAGAGACGGCUAGAACGAAUAAAGCAGAAGAGAGCCCAGCUGCAAGAGCUACUAUUGCAGCAAAUAGCAUUCAAAAAUUUGGUACAAAGAAAUCAGCAAAAUGAACAACAGAAUCAAGGUCCUCCAGCUUUGAACUCUACAAUACAGCUCCCUUUCCUAAUAGUUAACACUAGCAAAAGAACUGUUAUAGACUGCAGCAUAUCAAGUGAUAAAUUUGAAUACCUCUUUAAUUUUGAUAACACGUUUGAGAUUCAUGAUGACAUUGAGGUGCUGAAGCGAAUGGGAAUGUCCUUUGGGCUAGAGGCAGGCAAAUGCUCAGCAGAGGAUCUAAGAACUGCAAAAUCAUUGGUGCCAAAAGCUUUAGAAAGCUAUGUCACAGAUAUGGCUACAGGACUUUCAUGGUUGAACCAGGGGUUACUUUUAAAUUCAGCUCAUUCAGUUUCAACUUUAGAAACAGCUGGCGGUACCUCUAUUUCUAAAUCAAGUGGAAAUCCAGGAUUGUGUCUGGAUGCUGAAGUGGCCUUAGCAACUGGACAGUUCCUUGCCCCUGGUAGUCAACAGUCCAGCAGUGCAACAUCACGUUAUUCGGAGUCACGAGGAGAAACCCCAUGUUCAUGCAAUGAUGAAGAUGAUGAUGAUGAUGAUGACGAUUCCUCUUCCCCAGAAUGAAGACAGCAGAAAACAGAAUAUACAAGAUGCUGCUUUUAUGUGUUUUUAGUGUGAGCUCCUGGUUUUCAUGAUGUAACUUCAGUUUCUUGCCUUUGUUUGCACUGUGUUCAGUUAAACUAAAUGGAAACUUGCACGCAUACACACACAAAAAGCACCCAAAGUUAAGAGACAGAUUGAAAACUUUUUAUAACUGAACACAGUGUGGUAUACUGCCACAGAGUAAACAAAGCGUUUCAACUGCAACCAAGGAAAAAAGCAAAAUCCCUGAAGAUUUAGCAGACUAAUUGCUAAGUGCACAAGUUUAUUUUUCAUAACUUGGGACAUUGCUUCUCCAGUUUCUCUCUUCCUCCUCAUUUAUCCCACUCAGAAUGGAGAUGAUUAUAGUGUUGUCCAACAGAUGCUGAUUCUUACAUUGUCUUUAGGCUUUGCUACCUUU